GCCCCACUACCACCCUCGCCCCCAUAUUCUAGUCCCCCGUUGAUUCCCUGCUUCUCGUCUCCUUCCACAGUUCCGCCCUCCCCUCGCCCCGUGCUCCGCCUCCUCUGCUUGCUUGCCUGGCCCUGCCUCCGCAGGCGGCUCACGCCAAUGCUGUGCCGCCUCCCGUCGAACCUGCUCCUUUGACCUCCCGUAAAAAACCUCGAGGGCUCCAGAUAUAUCCCACCUAAUCCUCCCACCCCCAUUCCCGUCUCCUGCCGGUUUCUGCACACUCCGAGAAUUCAAGAACGUCCCGGCAGCACCAACUCCCAACUCCCCGCAAGGCAGUACAUACACUUCCGAGCGUGCACAAACAGGGCCGAUCGAGCGGUGGAGGGGGAGCGGAUGAAGAGCGCCCCUACCAUGGACCCUGAGGCCGCUGCUGCCCCGGGCACUCCGCCGGAGAGCACGGGGAGGCGGGGAGAGGGGAGGAAGCGGCUGCCGUGGCGGAUGACGCUGAGCCUGGCGUACCAGAGCCUCGGGGUGGUGUACGGCGACCUGAGCACGUCGCCGCUGUACGUGUACAAGGCGGCGUUCGCGGACGACAUCCAGCACUCGGAGACCAACGAGGAGAUCCUGGGCGUGCUCUCCUUCGUCUUCUGGACGCUCACCCUCGUGCCGCUCCUCAAGUACGUCUGCGUCGUGCUCCGCGCCGACGACAACGGCGAGGGCGGCACCUUCGCGCUCUACUCCCUCCUCUGCCGCCACGCCCGCGCCGCGCUCCUCCCGCCGGGCCGCGGCGCAGAGCCCGGGGACGAGGACCAGUUCUCCGACGCCGCCGGCGCCACCGCCAAGAAGUACCUCGAGUAUGACAAUGCCGACGCGCUGGGCGGGCGCGGUGGGGGCGCCGCCGCCAGCGUCAGGCGGGUGCUGGAGCGCCACAAGGUGCUGCAGCGGGUCCUGCUCGUGCUCGCGCUCGUCGGCACCUGCAUGGUCAUCGGCGACGGCGUCCUCACGCCGGCCAUCUCCGUUUUCUCCGCGGUAUCCGGGCUGGAGCUGUCCAUGGAGAAGGGGCAUCACAAAUAUGUGGAGUUGCCUCUUGCUUGCUUCAUACUGGUGUGCCUGUUUGCGCUGCAACACUAUGGCACGCACCGGGUGGGAUUCAUUUUCGCCCCGAUCGUGAUCGCCUGGCUUCUAUGCAUAAGCAUGAUUGGUGUUUACAACAUUGUGAAAUGGGAGCCUCAUGUGUAUCAAGCAUUAUCUCCUUAUUACAUGUACAAGUUCUUGAAGAAAACACAGAGAGGAGGCUGGAUGUCACUGGGGGGAAUACUGCUUUGUGUUACAGGAUCUGAAGCGAUGUUCGCCGAUCUGGGGCAUUUCAAUCAGUUGUCGAUACAGAUUGCUUUUACUUGCAUGGUUUACCCAUCAUUGAUCCUUGCAUACAUGGGCCAAGCUGCUUAUCUGUCUAAGCAUCAUAUCCUGGAAGGUGACUACAGGGUCGGAUUCUACGUGUCUGUGCCAGAGGUAAUUAGAUGGCCAGUUCUGGCAAUUGCCAUUCUCGCGGCAGUUGUCGGCAGCCAAGCUGUUAUCACCGGCACAUUUUCGAUGAUCAAGCAGUGCACUUCCCUAGGCUGCUUUCCCCGGGUGAAGAUCGUGCACACCUCCGCCCAAGUACACGGGCAGAUAUACAUUCCAGAGAUCAACUGGAUCCUGAUGAUACUGUGCUUAGCUGUAACCAUUGGUUUCAGAGACACAAAACACUUGGGCAAUGCAUCAGGGUUGGCUGUUAUAACCGUCAUGCUGGUCACCACAUGUCUGAUGUCGCUGGUGAUAGUCCUGUGCUGGCACAAGAGCAUAUUCCUGGCAAUCGGGUUCAUCGUGUUCUUCGGCACCAUCGAGGCGCUGUACUUCUCGGCGGCGCUCAUCAAGUUCAGGGAAGGAGCCUGGGUCCCCAUCGUCCUCGCCUUUGUCUUCAUGAUGGUAAUGUGCAUCUGGCACUAUGGCACCAUCAAGAAGUACGAGUUCGAUCUUCAGAACAAGGUCUCCAUCAACUGGCUCCUUGGCCUCAGCCCAAACCUCGGCAUCGUCCGUGUCCGCGGCAUCGGCCUCAUACACACCGAGCUCGACAGCGGCAUCCCUGCCAUCUUCUCCCAUUUUGUCACCAAUCUGCCUGCAUUCCAUCAGGUGCUCAUCUUCAUGUGCAUCAAGAACGUCCCGAUCCCGCACGUCUCGCCGAACGAGCGGUUCCUGGUCGGAAGGAUCGGGCCGAAGGAGUACAGGAUCUACCGGUGCAUCGUCCGGUACGGGUACCACGACGUGCAGAUGGACGACCAAGAGUUCGAGAAGGACCUCGUGUGCAGCGUCGCCGAGUUCAUCCGAUCAGGGGGCGGCGCCUCCAAGGCCAACGGCUUGACGCCGGGCGUGGUCGACAGGGACGAGGAGCGGAUGACGGUCGUGGCCUCCGGCAGGAUGCGCAUGCUGGAGGACGAGGGCCUUGGCGGCGCGGCGGCGUCGGAGAGCACCGUCGGGCCCUCGCGCGCCGCCAGGGGGGAGAGGGAGAUACAGUCGCCGUCGCCGUCGCCAACACCAACGCCGGCGCCGGCGACGGGCGUCCGGAAGAGGGUGAGGUUCGUGCUGCCGGCGUCGACCCCGCGGCCGAACGCCGGCGUGGAGGAGGAGCUGCGGGAGCUGACGGACGCGCGGGAGGCCGGCAUGGCCUUCAUCCUGGGCCACUGCUACGUCAAGGCCAAGACCGGGUCCAGCUUCCUCCGGCGGCUGGUGAUCAACUUCGGCUACGACUUCCUGCGGAGGAACAGCCGGGGCCCCAACUACGCCGUCACCGUCCCGCACGCCUCCACCCUCGAGGUCGGCAUGAUAUACUAUGUCUGAGCUGAUCUGAUGGAGCUCCGAAGACUAUAGGAAGAAGAUAAAGCUAGAAGAAGAUGGAAAAUGAGACGAAUUUUCAGCUGUAUAUGCUAGAUCUGGACAUGUAUGAGUUUUUGGUGUACAUGUAUGUAGCCUUGGUUUUCUUGUGCCUCUUCCUUCUUCAACCUGUAAGUAGUAGCACAAAGACGGGCGCCAUUAGAGAGGCUGCGAGGGCCAGAGAAGUUGUACUGCGGAUUGAAAAGACCAGCAGAAAUCCAGAAUCUGUGAUUUCUGUAGGCCA